AGAUCACAAUGAGCAGCGCGCCGUCGCCCUCAGAGCGGUAGACAGAAGCCACCGCGUCCGCUGUGUGGCAGAAAGUUUACGAAACCUCCCCGCUUUAUGAGGCUGGGAGAAAAAUAACAUUUCGUGGUUGGGCUUUGAUCUCGGGAUCUACGUGCAUCCAUCACGUUUUAAUAAAUCCUUCCAACUGAUUGUUUUGAGGAUUUUUGUGGAAACGGAUGAGUCUCGUGCGCCUUUGGACAACCGGAGCGAUCAAGGAAAGUUUCCCUGUCUCACUGGAGGAAUGCAUACAUGUUUGGCGAGGAAAAUCCGCGUGAUCUAACACAACAAAUGGAAGGCAAAGAAACGGACACACAGCUGGGAAUAAAUCAGUUGACACCCUCUGAAGCACAUCCCUCUGCCGUUCCGGAGACUGAUAUGAGUGAACCCAGCACUGACGAAGUCAAGACGCCCUCAAAAACUGAAUCGGGCCUUGAAGCCAGCACACCUACAAAGAUGGACUCCACGCAGAAAUCUGCUACCCCAACAAGAUCAGACGCCAUUUCAAAGUCCUCUGCAACACCCACUCCGAGAUCGAGUAGUAGCCCCAAAAAAGAUGUAAUGAAGUCGGAGGACAGGCAGAAAUUGGCAAAGGAACGGAGGGAAGAGAGGGCAAAAUAUCUCGAACAGCGUAGCCAUGCUCAAGCUCAUAAGAAAUCUCAGUGGCUGGAGAAGGAAGAGCGUGCGCGGCAGGUGCGAGAAGAGCAGCUGGAGGAGAGGAGGAGGAAACUGGAGGAACAGCGACUAAAGGCUGAGAAACGCCGUGCAGAGCUGGAAGAGAGACAGAGACUGAAACUGGAGAAAAAUAAGGAACGGUAUGAGGCUGCUAUCCAAAGGUCCACUAAAAAGACAUGGGCAGAGAUUCGUCAACAAAGAUGGUCGUGGGCCGGAGGCCUGAGCGGCAACUCCAGCCAAAGCCAGAGCAGAUGCUCAAUAUCAGCGGUCAACCUGCCCAAACACGUGGAUACCGUUAUAAACAAGAGAUUCUCCAAAUCCUCCGGCACUCUCUGGAACUCCCCGAGCAGAACUCGUAGCAUGCAGUUGAGUCCAUGGGAGAGCAGCAUCGUGGACAGACUCAUGACGCCCACUCUCGCCUUUCUGGCCCGCAGUCGAAGCGCUGCCAGCGUGCUGAGCAACAGCCGAAACUCCAAUUCUCCGUUGUGCCCGCGCUCGGCGUCUGCCAGCCCUCUCACAAUGUGUGCUCACCGACCACAUCGCUGCUCUGAACGCUGGACGGUCACCACCAGCACGCCCGACAUCGCCCAGCGCAGACGCGACUCCACACCUAUGAGGAAAGAUAAGAAGGACAAGGACAGAGAAAAUGAAAAAGAGAAAAGUUCUCUCACCAAUAAGAAGGUGCUGAAGAAAAGACAGUCCAUGCCAGCUAUGAAAACCAGAACAGAAUCCAGCCCGAGUCCCAUGUCCAAACUGCGAGCUGCGUCUCCUAUCACACCCAAAGGUCGGGCGUCGUCCCCCAGCCCUGCAGGAUCUCCCAAACCACCUUCGGCCCGAGCGAGCCCCAGCACCCCUAAAGCCAGACCCAAGAGGGCCAGAACCCCCGCCCGCGUGGAGACUCGCACCGCCUCGCCUGUUGCCGUAGAGAAGGUCAAGGAGACUCGCACCGCCUCGCCUGUUGCCGUAGAGAAGGUCAAGGAGACUCGCACCGCCUCGCCUGUUGCCGUAGAGAAGGUCAAGGAGACUCGCAGGCCAGCUACACCCGAAGAGACGAAGACCUCGUCUCCCGCCCCCUCCAUUGUUGUAUCAUCGGUUCCAGACACGCCUCCAAGUGCACCUGUCACGUCAGUGUCCACGCCCUUUGCCCCCGAGGACACUCCUCUUGUCCCCGCCCUCCCACAGGUUGCAUCUCCAGCCCCCUCUCCUGUCAAGCCCACGGCUGGCACCAACGACCCAGAGGAGGCCACUCGGAUCCUGGCCGAGAAGAGACGACAGGCCCGUGAGCAGAGAGAACGAGACGAACAAGAACGGAGAGAGCAGCAGGAGAGAGAGAGGAUCCAGCGUGAGGAGAGGUUAGUGCAGGAGGCAGAGGAGAGGAGACGCAGGGAGGAGGAGGCGCAGCUCAUGGCGGAGCAGGAGAGGUUGAGGGAAGAGGCGGAGCGCCUGCAUGAGGAGAAGGAAGCGCGGGAAAGAGCCCGAUUCGAAGAGGAAGAGAACGAGCGCCUUCAGAAACAGAAGGAGGAGGCUGAAGCAAAGGCCCGUGAGGAGGCAGAGCGACAGCGUCUGGAGAGAGAGAAACACUUCCAGAAGGAAGAGCAAGAGAGACUGGAGAGAAAGAAGCGUCUGGAGGAGAUUAUGAAAAGAACACGCAAAACAGAUGCAGGAGACAAGAAAGACACAAAAUCUCCAUCUCAAGUCAACGGGAAAGAUUCCACAACGGAUUCACCGAUGAAUAAAGCUUCCGCGGACUACCAGCCAAGCGCAGCCUUAAAACAAGAUGGCCAACAUCAAAGUACCAUAAAGGAAAGUCUGUCAGUUCUUGUUGUAAAUGGCGUACAGCCUAUCAAACACGAGAAUGGUUUGUCAGCCAAAGGGAAUACCACUCACUUUGAAGACAUCCUCCAGCUGGCCAAUCACAGCAAUGGGCGGGAGAAGUCAGAACCUGACAUAUCCGAUGAGCCAAUCAUGGCGUUUGACAGCGGAGAAUCAUUCCUUAAGAAAACGGGUCCAAUUAAACCUCAGCAUGUGGCAGAGGUCCUCUGAGGUCACGAGCCAUUGGACGAAGCCUUUCAUCUGCAUGUUUCUCAACAUCCGUCUGAGAAACCCGAUGGAAAAAGCACAGCAUGAGCACACCCGCGCCAAACCCGAAAACUGACUUCUGUUUAGAUUGCACAAAGCAACCUCGCUAUCAAAGCCUUAUGGCGAACGCUGGAAAAUUACAAGCUACACAACAAUCAAGCUAAGCUAAACAAGAUCCAUCAACGUGCAGCGGCAUCACCGGUCAAUAGGACUCACACUACGUGGCAGACCAGUUCAUGCCUCUUUCUGAUCACCGCAGUGCAACAUAUUUUAAAAGAACGUCUCUGGUGAUGACCCAUUGAUAAUCCUUGUCAUAAUUCAUGCUGUUAUGGGUUAAACACAGAUGUGCUUUGGAUGUUUUGUUCUUUAUUGUUUAGUUAUUUAAGGUGAAGACACUUGUAACUACUGGCUACAGUUGUAUGUGAAUAGUGUAAAUUGAUGUGAGGGGGAAAGAUCUGUGAAUAAAACAGAUUGAAUGAGA